AUGCUUUGUUAUCAAACGAAUCCAGAUAUUGAAACCAUACGUUUUAAAGACAUAGUUGAAUUACGUGUCGUUUUGGACAGUAUGGGAAUUGUUAGCACUGAAGAAGAUCUAUUAGAUAUGAUAAGAGAAGUUGAUGAAGAUCAAUCUGGCUCAGUGUCAUUUGAUGAGUUUGUCUCUAUGGUGAAAAAUGCAGUUGAUAAGAAUAAAUCCUCUCGCGAAGAAUUAUUUCGAGCAUUUCAAGUUUUUGAUAUCGAUCAAAACGGAUUCAUUACACUAGAAGAAUUACGCACCACCCUUAUUGCAUUUGGUGAUCGGCCGACAGAGGAAGACGCAGCCGAUAUGAUUUCUGAAGCAGAUUUGGAUGGGGAUGGACGAAUAAACUAUGAUGAAUUUGUUGUUCUAAUGCAAUCAAAUAUAGGUGGAAUUUCGAAGAAAGGAAAGAUAGUUGAUACUAAUGCGAGAUAA